AUGCCACCCCCGCUAUCCUUAGGGCUCAAUCUUAGCAGCAAAGGCGGCUCCCAGAAUCGCAAAAAACCCGUCUUCGCCGCAGACGACUCCGACUCGGACAAUGGCGCCGACAGCGUAUCCAACACCGUCGAGAUCACCACCCUCGGCGGGGUAGACGACAGCAACACAGAAUCCAAACCGAAGACCCAGCCGACAAAUGGACCGCCCGCAAAGCGCAAAAUCCCCUUCGGUGGCGGCGGCGCUCCCCCCAAAAAGCCCGCAGUCAAACCCCUCAGCAAGAGCUCCAUCUUCGCGGACCCAGACGACGACGCCGAAGAACAGACCGCCCCGACGCAAUACGGGCUCACGAAGAACGCCAGUGGCGGCAGUGGUGCCGGAAAAGAAGGACGAACAUACACCGAUCUGUCGGCGCUACGGACCAGCCGCAAGCACGCAGAAGAAGCACAAGAGAUUGACCCGUCCAUCUACUCCUACGACGCGGUCUACGACUCACUCCACGUGAAGCCCGACAAGAAAGCCGGCGCUGAGGGUGCAAAGAAUGAAGGACCCCGGUACAUGACGUCGCUGCUGCGCAGCGCGGAGGUGCGUGAGCGAGACCGGCUGCGCGCGCGGGACCGCAUGCUGGCGCGCGAACGCGAGGCCGAGGGCGACGAGUUUGCCGAUAAGGAGAAGUUCGUGACGGCUGCGUACAAGGCACAGCAGGAGGAGAUGCGUCGGCUUGAGCGCGAGGAGGCGGAGCGCGAGAAGCAGGAGGAGGAGCGCCGACGCAAGAACGGGACGUCCGGGAUGGUGGGCUUCUAUCGCGAUAUGUUAUCGCGGGGUGAGGAGCAGCAUGAGGCGGCUGUGAAGGCGGCUGAGGAAGCGGCGCGCCGGGUGCAGGCUGGGGAGAUCCCGGCGGAAGGCCCGUCUACGGAGGCUGAAGCAACGGAGAAGACGGAGGCACAGAUGGCUGAAGAGCUCAAAGCGCGUGGCGCGAAUAUCGCUGUGAAUGAUGAGGGCCAGAUUGUGGAUAAGCGGCAGCUGUUGUCGGCUGGACUCAACGUCGCUCCCAAGCCCAAGACGCAGACGCAGGAUGAGGAAGCGGCCGCGGCGGCGUCGCGCCGGGCAGCGGCGACGAAAUUCGACUUCCGCUCGCAGCGCACAGCUCGGGAGGGCCAGCGGGCUCGCCAGACCGAGAUGAUUGCGGCGCAGUUGGAGGAGCGGGCCCGUCAGGAAGAGGAGGCCGAAGCUGCACGGCAAAAGGAGAUCGCGGAGCGCACUCGCAGUCACAAGACGGAGAAGGAUGUCUCCAGUGCGCGGGAGAGAUAUCUUGCUCGAAAGAAGGAGCGAGAGGCUGCCAAGGGAAAGUAG